CGAGCGAGCAAUUCUAGCCGGAAAAAGGAUAAAAAGCGGGGAACAUAAGCGGCACGCGGGGAAAGAAGAGCGAGCCAGAGCCGGAUAAACGGCAAUAGAAAGAAACCUGAACGGAGUAUCACUCUUCCUUCUUCACUACCUUCACAUACUUUCGCGAACAUGGCUUCUUCAAGUAGUAACCUGACUUUGCCCGUCGUGGGUGAACAUCUAAUCCUAUCGAUCCCUGCUCCUCGUGUCUUGAUGGUAAAGAUGAACAGGCCCAGACAAUUAAAUGCAAUGUCUUGGGGAAUGGAACAAGAUAUGGCAAAGACAUUCGAUUGGUUUGAACAACAGCCUUCUUUGUGGGUCGCAAUCUUGACCGGAAACGGAAGAGGAUUUUGUGCUGGACAAGACUUGAAAUCAUUCAUGGAAAAUCAAAGUGAUUCAGAAGACGCAUUUGAACAACAAUACAAUCGAAUCAAACAAGGCGGCUUUGGUAGCGUGAGCACGCGAAGAUUCAACAAACCAAUUGUUGCUGCUGUUGAUGGUUAUGCAAUGGGAGGUGGAACAGAGCUAGCACUCAACUGUGACCUCGUCAUCGCUACUUCAAGAUCCGUCUUUGGCUUGCCUGAAGCAGCCAGAGGUGUGGUUGCAGCGAUGGGCGGAAUCGCAAGAAUAUCACAAGUUGCCGGUCAUCAACGUGCUGCCGAGAUGCUUUUGACGUGUGAUCCUGUUCCUGCCAUCGAUGCGCGUAAUCGAUUUGGAUUUGUGAAUGCAGUCGUUGAUGUGUCCAAAGAAGAAUCCGUUGAGAAGGGACAAGCGAUCAUCGAAGCAGAAGCGAUUCGUUGGGCACAAAAGAUUACUGCCAACAGUCCAGAUUCGGUCAUCGUAAGCAAACAAGGGCUGGACCUAGCACGAGAUAUCGGUAAAGGUACUCUUGGGAUCGACGAGGUAACCGGUCAAAACUAUUUGAGCGAAAUGAGCGCCGCUUGGCGUGAAGGCGAUAACAUUCGGGAAGGCGUGACCGCCUUUUUCGAAAAACGAAAACCCGAAUGGACCGAUUCAAUUCCACCCAUUCCAAUGAAAAAGACGUCAAAAUUGUAAAGAUGUAUGCAUGCUUUCCAAUGAAUAUGACGAGAUCAACUUUGCGGGGUUAUUGAGUGGCUGUGGUGGUAGUAGUUAAGAUGCGGUGCGGUGCUGCUUAAAUGCAUGCAUAUUUCCUGAACCGGAUAGAGGGCGUAAAUAAACAGGAUGGAUUUCAAACUUGAAAUCUUGACACCUUUCCAUCAUCAGUGUAUCUUUUCCGAAUAACAAGAAAGCAGUGCAAUAGCUACGACCAUGUAGUCAUUCGUUCGGGGUAUGCGCUGCAUGCGCGUGCAAUGUUGAACGGAAUAUGGGGCUUAUGGCGUUGAAGGAUGAUGUCACUGCA